GAACCUGUUAGCUUACUCUUGCUUCCUCUAAGACAGUUUGCAUGCCUCUACGCAAUAGUGUCUUGUUGUGAGAGCCGCGGUAGAGAAGUGAUCUGUGCGGCUGUUCCCCAUGGCCUGUGGACCGGGGCCUUGUGGGACAUGCCUGUGAAUGGUCCCCUGUUCCAGGCAGGCUACAGCCAGUCAUGGAGCAUCAGGCCUGGGUUCUGAGGAGCCUGCUGGCCCAGCUGGAGCGACAGGAGGCUGUGGACCAAGAGGCCCCCAACGGCAUCGCGGGAGAAUUCAUGAGGUUGAAAAGCCAGUCGACGAAGUACCGCACCGACAGGACCUACCCCUCCAGGGCGGCGGAAAAGCCCGAGAACAUCAAGAAGAACCGAUACAAGGACAUCGUUCCCUUUGAUCACAGCAGAGUGAAGCUCACUCUGACCACAUCUAAAUAUGACAGCGACUACAUCAACGCCAGCUUCAUCAAGGGAGCGACCCACUCCAGGGCCUACAUCGCCACCCAGGGUCCCCUGGCCCACACGGUGCUGGACUUCCUCAGGAUGCUGUGGGAGUACAACGUGAAGGUCGUCGUCAUGGCCUGUCGAGAGUUUGAGAUGGGAAAGAAAAAGUGUGAGCGCUACUGGCCGCAGAGCGACGAGCUGGCGUUCGUCUGUGAGCCCUUCACAGUUUACUGUGAUUCGGAGGAGGAGAGAGGAGACUAUCUGACAAGGACGUUAAGGGUGACUUAUCGCAACUGCAGCCGAACUUUGAAGCAGCUGCACUAUGUGAACUGGCCAGAUCACGGUGUACCGGACUCCAUCUCCCCCAUUCUGCAAAUGUUAAUUGAGAUGCGUCAGUACCAGGCCCACGAUGACAUUCCGAUCUGCAUCCACUGCAGUGCCGGCUGUGGAAGAACAGGAGUUCUGUGUGUCAUUGAUUACACCUGGAACCUCCUCAAGAAGCAGACGAUCCCUCCAGACUUCUGCAUCUUUGACGUGGUACAAACCAUGAGAACUGAGAGGCCGUCUGUGGUUCAGACCAAGGAACAAUACGAGCUGGUCUACAAAACCAUUAAGAUGCUGUUCAUGAGAUAUCUGGAGUCGAUGGAGGCCCCGGGCUACAUAAACGUGCCGCCCCCGUGGCUGCUCCCCGACCCGGACGAGGAGCCCGACCUGCUGCCACAGCUGCAGCAGCUGCUGGCCGAGGAGCGCGCGCUCCUGGAGCGCCGCGCGGCGCCGUCGCCGUCGCCGCCCGCCUCGGAGACGCGCGCCGGCGCCCGAGACGAGCGGGCGCGCGAGCACACGUGGCGCCCGUCGCAGCCCUUCGACGACGCCCGGCGCCCCGCUCCCUGCGGACCCGUGGAGCUCGGGCCGCCGCCGGGCCCCGCGGCGGAGGAGGCGAGCCGGGAAGGCGACACUCCACCUCUGAACCGCCCGCCGUCCCCCAGCGUCUCCCAAACGGUGUGUCUGAUGGUGGAGGACCCGUACUUUGACGCCUCCGUGAGCUCCCGUUCAUCAGAGGCCUCAAAAGACCCCGACGAGGACGUCGACCAGUGGACGACCACCCCUGUUUUCAAGACCCCCUCGCUGUUUUUGAACGACCAGACCCUGGAUCUCCCCCCCGAGGGCUCAGGUGCCGUCGCCGCUCGCGCAGACGAGGACUCGCCUCCACCGCUGCCUGAACGCACCCCCGAAUCCUACGUUCUGGCCGAUGACGCAGUGCCCCGUCAGGCGUUAGUCAUCAUUCCAGCCAACGCUGCUGCCGAGGCCCUCAGGGAGCUGGGAGGCAGUCCCCCUUCACCUGUUCCCCCGCUGCCAGAGAGAACACCAGAGUCCUAUGAGCUGGCUAUUGAUGAAGCCCCUGUGAAGCCCAACUCAAACCUGGCCCCUGGGCUGAGCCUGCACAGAAUAGGAACGUCUUCCGAGUGGUCGGGAAACUCAGCACCAGCCGCCACAGACGCUCACAGCGAGACCCGGAGCUGGAUGAGGAGUAAAAGCCUGAGAGUAAAAACAAGCUUCGCAGCCUCAGCACCAAGUACACAUUUUGAUUUUGCACAAAGCCCAUCUUCGGCCCCUCGGCCUCUGUACCCACCUCUGAGCCCUCUGACCCCGGCGCCACUCCCUCACAGUUGUGCAGCUGAGAACAACGUGAUAGCUGCACUGCCUGACAGGACCCCGGACUCCUUCGUCCUCAGCACAGAGCAGAAUCACCAGCCCGCCGUGAGGAGCGCCCAGACCCUCUCUCCACAGGUGGGCAGGUCGUCUGAGUGGGACGGCACCUCUCAGCCCAAGAGGUUCCUGGACGUGGUCAAGAGCAGGAGCAAGAGCGUUCGAGCUAAAACCUCAACGCAAGAGCCCCUCGCUGCCUUUCGGCCGCUCACUCCACCUCCUGUGCUCGUGGCUGCAGCAGGAAGUGCGCCAGUGGAGCCGUGUGACGUGAGACCAUCCCAGAGCUCCGAAGGGUCCGCAAGCAAAGCAGAACCAAGCAACGAUAAGGUCAUGGGCAGAACAAAGAGUUUGAAGUUCUUUAGACACAAACUAAAAAUUAAAACGGCUCCUCCUCCACCUCCGACUCAACCUGUAGCAGCACCUGAUGUGUCUUUACCUGCUUUCUUUAAAUUUGGUAGGAUUUGGGAAUCGCUUUGGAAAGCCAAAAGGCCCCAGAAGUUAUCCUGAGUCCUGGAUUUGAUCCUUGAAGGCAGAGCUUUUCUGCACGUGAUGAACUUGCUGGGAGGUUUGAGGGCCCCUUGAAGAUACAGUAGAAUCCUCUGGAUCUGAAAAGGUCUGAAGGCUUCAGCACAGUCAGCGCAAACAGGAAACGCUGUGUCACUAGCUUCAAUGUAUUUAUUCAUAAGCAUAAAAACUAAAUCCAACCAAUGCCACCUUGAACAAAACAAACUCUGAGUUUUGAAUAUUUAAUCAAAAACAUAAUUUCUAGAAUGUAUUGCUUGAAGAGGUGUAUGACCGGCAGUGAUGUUUCAAUGCUCGAGGCAACGCUGCAAAACCAGCGUGAGGAAAUGUUUAUGUGCAUGUGUGUUUGUGUGUGUGUGUGUGUGUGUGUGUGUGUGUGUGUGUGUGUGUGUGUGUGUGUGUGCAUGUGCGCUUUUGGAAUUCCAGUGCUUCUGGGUUAUUCAGGAUGUUAUAGCGUUUAGGUUUAUCUUGUUCAUGGUCACGUGCUACGACAGUGGAUGUUACUUUUUUAAAAUAAUAAAUGUGUUUCGCUGAAUGUGAUGCAUAUUAAAUAUGCAUAGAAUGCAACUACUUUGCUAAACUUUGUUACACAGAAAAUUAAUUUAUUAAAAAUGCUGAACUCCAA